GGUCCUCUGUCACACAACAUUAUCGAUAGCGGCUGGUCGGCAAGCUGAACUCUGCUGAAGCUUAGCUGCAUUGAUGUAACAGAUGUAUGUUAGGUAGGUACCUCAAUAGCCCCACUAGGUACCUGGCUACUUGCCUAUCAAAUAUCUGGACAAGGACCUGUAGCUCAAAACUUCAAAUAUUCACACUCACCAAUGCUAGUCGAACAUGCUCCUUUAAGCCUCGAAAUGCUCACUAGCCCCGUAACAAGAUGCUCUACGACCUCAACAUCGCCUGGUCGUCUUCGAUCAGCACCGCCGAGCUCGAGCGCACAUUGAGGUUCAGCUCGCAACUCGGCUACAAUGUCGUUGCGCUGAACCACAAUCUCGACGCGCCCCUACCAUCGCAGAUCCCGAACCCGAUCCCCCAAUUCGCCCCGCAAGCUACUCCCUCUCAAGCCGAAAACCGCCAGCAGUGCAUCCCCACCGUCCUCCGCCGCCUUACUGUUAAUUUCUCAGACCCCUCACAAAACCAGCAGCUCCCCAAAGCUGCCCAGGCCUACGAUAUUCUAGCACUCCGCCCGCAAACCGAGAAGGCAUUCCAGGCUGCCUGCCUUACCGUCAGCACCACCGAGGUCUCUAUCAUCUCGCUGGACCUCACCGCGCGCCUACCCUUCCACCUACGUCCUAAGCCAUGCAUGGCCGCCGUCGCGCGGGGCCUGCGCUUCGAGGUCGCCUACGGUCAAACGCUGAGGCCCGAUACUGACGCCCGCGCUCGCGCCAACUUCGCUGGCAAUGUGAUACAGCUCGUGCGCGCGACCCGCGGCCGUGGCCUGAUUCUAAGCAGCGAAGCGGCUAAUGCCAUGGCCCUGCGAGGCCCCGCCGACAUUGUCAACUUGCUCGCCGUAUGGGGUCUCCCUACUGAUAAGGGUAUGGAGGCGCUAGGCGUGAACCCGCGGGGCAUCGUGGUGAACGAGGGGAUUAAGCGGAGUGGGUUUAGGGGUGUGGUGGAUAUUGUAAACGUGGCGGAGCGCAGUGAGGAGGAGCAGUCGAAGUUAUCGAAGGGCAAGGAUAGGGAGGUGGUGGAAGUAAAAGAUAAUAGGAAAAGGAAGAAUGGAGGGAGCGAGACAGCUGAGAAAGGAGGGGACGGUGGAGCUGGAGAGAAUGCGCCGGUUAGUAAGAGGCAGGCGAAGAAACUUAAGGCUGCGUUAAUGAAAAAGGAGGUUGAAGAAAAGGGAGCUCAGUGAAGGAUGAAUGAAAAAGCAAUUGGUAUAUCAAGAUUUACAUACGGUGGUGGCGUUUGGUAUAAUAGAUUCACGAACUGGAGAUACCCUUAUAAAAUCUAUUCUCGCACACUUGCACAUAUCACGCUCACGCAUCUCAACGACUCAGUUCAAGGCCAGCCUCGACUCAAUUAUUUGUUGCUUAUUUAUUUCAGCAGCGAGAAGCGAAGCGAAGAAGUCAAAAGCUAUAUACAUACAACUCAUGUGCUCCUAGCAUCUCGUGGUAAACGUAAGCCCCUGGUUCUUUCUCUUCUCCAUACCAACCAACCAACCAGCCAACCAGCCAAAAACGGGGCUACUUAAAUCACGUCUGCGU